AUGGCACGACCCAUUUCUCAUGUCUUAUUUUCACUUGUUCUCUGUAUUCUGCUGCAAGAUCAUAUCCAAGCACUCAAACAGUCGUAUAUUGUAUACUUAGGAUCACAUUCUUUCGGUCCAAAGCCUUUGUCGGUUGAUCUUGAAUCUGUCACAAACUCUCACUAUGAUUUUCUUGGAUCUUACGUGGGAAGUAUUGAAAAGGCGAAAGAAUCAAUCUUUUAUUCUUAUAAUAGAUAUAUUAAUGGGUUUGCUGCAGUACUUGAGGAAGAUGAAGCAGCGAAUGUUGCAAAGCAUCCCAGUGUGAUAUCAGUUUUCUUAAACAAAAAACGAAAAUUGCACACAACACAUUCAUGGAACUUCCUUGGGUUAGAAAGAAAUGGUGGGUUUCCACCUCAGUCAAUAUGGCGGAAGACUAAGGGUGAAGAUGUCAUUAUUGGAAAUAUAGAUACAGGUGCUUGGCCCGAAUCCAAGAGUUUUAGUGAUGAAGGGUUUGGACCCAUCCCAAAAAGGUGGCGUGGAAUCUGUGAAACGGAAGAUAAUUUUAAAUGCAACAGGAAGCUUAUUGGAGCAAGAUAUUUCUACAAAGGGUAUGAGGCAAGUAUCGGUGAAAAACUGAACGCGUCGAUGCUUAGUGCACGCGAUUACGAAGGUCAUGGUUCACAUACUUUAUCAACAGCUGGUGGUAACGUUGUUCCUGGUGCUAAUGUUUUUGGGUUUGGCAAUGGAACUGCAAGUGGUGGAUCACCAAAAGCUCGAGUUGCAGCCUACAAGGCUUGUUGGCCUCCGGGGUGUUUUGAUGCAGACAUUUUUGCUGCUUUUGAGGCUGCCAUAAGUGAUGGUGUCAACGUGAUUACCAUGUCUGUGGGUUCAGAAAAUCCAUCUGAGUUUUCUGAAAGUGCUAUAUCUGUAGGCUCCUUCCAUGCAGUUUCCCACGGCAUAACAUUGAUAGCUUCUGGAGGAAAUUCAGGACCUGUUCCUGGAUCCGUAUCCAACAAUGAACCCUGGACUCUCACAGUUGGAGCAAGCACAAUCGACAGAGACUUCGCUAGUAAUGUCGUACUUGGUAACAGGAAAAUCUUCAAGGGAACUAGUCUUUCAAGGUCUGGCUUACCAUCUAACAAGAAGUACCCAUUGAUUAGCGCUGUUCAAGCACAAACUACAUCGGCAUCUUCUGUUAACGCGCCUAAUUGCAUUAAUGGCACUCUUGACGCUAGGAAGGUGAAGGGGAAGAUUUUGGUGUGUCUUCGCGGUGUAAAUGGUAGAGUAGAGAAGGGUGUUGUAGCUGCUAGUUUAGGAGCUGUUGGAAUGAUUCUGGUUAAUGAUGAGGGCAACGGUGAUAAUAUUAUAUCCGACCCCCAUGUGCUUCCUGCUACACAUGUUGGCUUUGAGACCGGCAAAUACAUUUAUAGUUACAUCAACCGUACCAAGUUUCCCGUGGCUUAUAUCUCUAGAGCGAAAACAGAACUGGGUACGAAGCCAGCUCCAGUUAUGGCUGCAUUUUCAUCAAGGGGUCCCAAUCUCCUCGACCCAGCAAUCCUCAAGCCUGAUAUCACUGCACCAGGAGUCAGUAUCAUUGCUGCUAAUACUGAAGCCUUAGAUCCCACAGAAUCUGACCAAACAUUAACUCCUUACAUUGUAUUGUCUGGCACUUCAAUGUCAUGUCCUCAUGUUGCUGGUGUUGUUGGGUUGCUCAAAGCCCUCCAUCCUAAUUGGAGCCCAGCCGCUAUUAAGUCAGCAAUCAUUACCUCAGCAACUACGAAAGAUAACACUGGAAGGCGUAUCCGAGAUUCAUCAUGGAAGGAGUCAACACCAUAUGACUUUGGUGCAGGUCACAUUCGACCGAAUCGUGCUGCAUACCCUGGACUUAUAUAUGACCUAACUACUACUGAUUAUUUAAACUAUUUGUGUGGUCGUGGCUACAAAAGUUCCCAGCUUAAGUUGUUCUACCACAAGCCUUACACUUGUCCCAAGUCCUUCAAUUUAGCAGAUUUCAAUUACCCAACAAUCACGAUUCCUCGGAUUGAAUAUGGACAAUCUGUUAAUGUUUCGCGAACAGUUACAAAUGUUGGGUCCCCAAGCGUGUAUAGAGUUCGCAUUGAGGCGCCACCAAAUGUUGCAGUUUCUGUUGAGCCUGCGAAACUGAAGUUCAAGGGAAAGGGUGAGAAAAAAGAGUUUCGAGUUUCAUUGACCUUGAAGUCGAAAACUGAGAACACUACUGAUUUCGUAUAUGGGUUGUUGACGUGGACUAAUCACAAGAACCGCGUUAGGAGUCCAAUUGUAGGUUCUGUUGAACAAUCGAAGCUCUCUGGAAUCUUAGAAGAGAAGAAUGUAUCAGCCAUUGUUAAUUCGUAUAUUGUAUACUUAGGAUCACAUUCUUUUGGUCCAAAUCCUUCUUUGGUUGAUCUUGAAACUGUCACAAACUCUCACUACGAUUUUCUUGGAUCUUACGUGGGAAGCAUUGAAAAGGCGAAAGAAUCAAUCUUUUAUUCUUAUAAUAGAUAUAUUAAUGGGUUUGCUGCAGUACUUGAGGAAGAUGAAGCAGCGAAUGUUGCAAAGCAUCCCAGUGUGAUAUCAGUUUUCUUAAACAAAGAACGAAAAUUGCACACAACACAUUCAUGGAAUUUUCUUGGGUUAGAGAGAAAUGGUGAAUUCCCUGAGGCAUCAGCAUGGCGAAAGACAUUGGGUGAAGAUGUGAUCAUUGGAAACCUUGACACAGGUGUUUGGCCCGAAUCCAAGAGCUUCAGUGACGAAGGGUUAGGGCCCAUCCCAAAACGGUGGCGUGGAAUAUGUCAAACACAUAAAAAAGCUCAAGAUAAAUUCCAAUGCAACAGGAAGCUUAUUGGAGCAAGAUAUUUUUACAAAGGCUACGAGGCAAAGUUUAAUACAAAACUGAAUGAGUCAUUGCUUAGUGCACGUGACAACGAAGGCCAUGGUUCACAUACUUUGUCAACAGCUGGUGGUAGCUUUGUUCCUGGAGCUAGUGUUUUUGGCAUUGGAAAUGGAACAGCAAGUGGUGGAUCACCAAAAGCACGAGUUGCAGCAUAUAAGGUGUGUUGGCCAAGUCUCGCGUUCAGUGGUGGAUGUUUUGAUGCAGACGUUAUGGCUGCUUUUGAGGCAGCCAUAGGUGACGGGGUUGAUGUGCUUUCGGUGUCUUUGGGAACGGAGGCACAAGAUUAUUUCGAAGACGUUAUUGCCAUAGGAUCCUUCCAUGCAGUUGCCAAUGGCAUAGUAGUAGUGGCUUCUGCAGGAAAUUCAGGACCUUUUCCUGAAUCUGUAUCCAACAUUGGACCAUGGAUGCUCACAGUUGCUGCAAGCACAGUAGAUAGAGACUUCGCUAGUUAUGUUACACUUGGUGACAACAAAAUCAUCAAGGGAGGUAGCCUUUCAGAGCAUGGAUUAUCAUCUGAUGAUGCGUACCCAUUGAUUAGUUCUGUAGAGGCCAAAUAUUUCAAUGCAUCUAUUUCUGAAGCUCCUUGUUGCAGACUUAAUUGCCAGGAUGGAACUCUUGAUCCUGAGAAGGUGAAGGGGAAAAUAUUGGUCUGUUUUGGAGAUAAAUUAGCGACUAAUGUGGAAGCUAUCAGGGUAGGCGCCGUUGGGUUGCUUUUGCUUAAUGAAAGGAAUGCAGGGAAUGAAGUUUUACCCCAACCCUACUUGCUUCCUGCUGCUAAUGUUGGCUUUGAUGAUGGCAAUUACAUUUACAAUUACAUCAGCAGCACCAAGUCUCCUACAGCUUAUAUUUCCAGAGUGAAAACAGAGUUGGGUGUGAAGCCAGCUCCGAAUGUGGCUUCAUUUUCAGCAAGGGGCCCCAAUCAUAUUGAUCCGGCAAUCCUCAAGCCUGAUAUCACUGCACCAGGAUUCAACAUCAUAGCUGCUUAUACCGAAGCCGUAUCUGCUACAGGUCUAGAAUCUGACACACGAAUAACUCCUUACUUUUUAUUUAGUGGUACUUCAAUGUCAUGUCCUCAUGUUGCUGGCCUUGCUGGGCUGCUCAAAGCCCUUCAUCCUGAUUGGAGCCCAGCUGCUAUAAAGUCAGCAAUCAUGACCUCAGCAACUUCAACAGAUAACUCUAGAAAACCUAUCCAGGACUCGUCAUUGAACGAGGCAACUCCAUUUGACUAUGGUGCAGGGCACAUUAAACCUAACAGUGCUGUGGACCCUGGACUUGUAUAUGACCUGAAUAUUACUGAUUAUUUGAACUAUUUGUGUGGUCGUGGCUACAACAGUUCCCAGCUUAAGAUGUUCAACCACAAGCCUUAUACUUGUCCAGAGUCGUUCAGUUUAGCAGAUUUCAAUUAUCCAGCAAUCACAAUUUCUGAGUUUGGCCCUGGACAUUCUGUGAAUGUCUCUCGAACUGUCACUAAUGUUGGGUCCGGAAGCACGUAUAGAGUGCGCAUCAAAGCGCCACCACAUGUUGAAGUUUCAGUCGAGCCUAGGAAACUGAGGUUUAAAAAAACGGGUGAAAAGAAGGAGUUCAGAGUGGCAUUGACUUUGAAGAAGAAAACUGAAAGCACCACUGAUUUUGUAUUCGGAUGGUUGACGUGGACUGAUAAAAAGCACCAUGUUAGGAGUCCCAUUGCAGUUAACAUGACACAAGUGAGAUGAGAUUUAUGUUGCUGCUGUA